ACCCUUGGAGUUCUAGGCAAUUUUAUGGAACACUCAAUUUAUCGACAGUCAGUGGUUGAUGUCUGCAAAAACCAAAUGCCGAACUGUGUUAUCUAAUUUACGGACAUUUGGGUGGUGAUGGCAGAUCUAUCCAGACCGUAUGGGGUCGAUCAAUUAUAGCACGGACUAAUGAGUGCCGGCCAAGGAAGCGCGACCAUUGCCCGAGUCCAAGGCCUAACCUGGAACUGUGCCUCUUUCGCGCGAGUGCCUCGGCCAGAGAUGAAGUGCACGAGCGGUGCUGAUGCAUGCUGACGUGGAACCAAGGAAGAUGCCACGGGCCUGCCUCGCUUUAUUAGGCUUUGUAUUUGUACAGAUGCUGGCUGUAGUGCUCCCUGCCCCCUCACCUAAUGGUCACGGGGACCUCAUCCCCCAACCGGCGAUGUCGUGCGACCCCCGGAACUCCACAUGCCCGGACCAUUUCUGUUGUGUCAAAAAGGUUAUUACAUAUGCAGAUGUCAGUAAAUAUGCAAUCGGAUUCACGGAGUGUCAACCACUUCGUAAACUGAAAUAUUUCUGUAUGGUGAAAACCGAGGAUUUCAUGUGCCAAUGUGAUAAAGGAUUAAAGUGUAAAGUUAAAGAUGGUGACAAUUUCGGUUACUGUGACCCAGCCGUGGAUUGAUGCCGUUAGUGAAGACGAAAAUGGUGAUACCUCUUGCCGGCUGAUUGUGGAUGCCGGUGUUCUGUGUAUGACGUCAUCGACCCUGUGGGUGUGGAAUGGAUACCAGCAACAACAGCGAAGAUUCCCUGGGAAAGCGUGGUGUAUAAAUGCCCUUCGGUUAAACGUUAUAUCCCUUAAUUGGCAGAGAUUUGGCAAGGCUUAAGAAAAAGAUGAAACAAAUUGACGUAAAUGGAUAAAGACGAUUUUAUGGGCCCCUGUGGCAUAGGACAGUGGGUUGAAUUUCGACGCCUCUCACAGUGUUUGGGACAUAAGAUUAAAGUGGGUAUAUUGACCACUUAGGCAAACGUUGAAGGUGCAAAUACGUCUAAACUGAACUUCGGAUACUGUCGGGGAAUAAAAAAGGCCAUGACACAUAUGCAUUAUAAUAUGCAAGACCGAGAUACAUAACAGUCAUCAACGAAAAUGUUAGAAUAGAUAGAGAUCCAUGUAAGGUGUGUGUCGUUUAUACUGACUUGGCGAUACAGACAAACACUGAUGUGUCGAACAACGUAUCGUUGACUCGAAGUAUAUGUUGGUAGUGGCGUAUUCCACUUAAGUCAUGUUUGUGUCGAACAUCAGAUAUGUCGAAGUCUUUACGAAGGUCCCUACAACUUCGACACAACGGUGGUUGGCUAUAUUAGAAGACAUUACAACGUGGAUUACCUAGUAUUACAUUACACUAUACUACUCAUGUCAAAUACAUUUACGUUAGUA